AUGGCAGCCAAAAAGGAAAUCUUGCUUAAUGCAUUCGACAUGAGCACCAUCGGACAUUUGUCACCUGGACAGUGGAAGAACCCAAAUGACAAGUCGACUACCAAACGUCGUCUGGAUUACUGGAUCGAUCUUGCAAAGUUACUCGAGAAGGGAGAUAUCAAUGCCUUAUUCCUAGCCGACACAUACGGCGGCUAUGACACAUACGAGAACAGUCUGGACGAAUGCAUCCGUCGCGCUGCUCAAUGGCCCAUGACAGACCCUACCAUCCCCAUCUCUGCCAUGGCAGCUGUGACCAAGAACCUCUCAUUUGGAAUCACAGCAAGCACUUCAUUCGAACCACCUUUCCUACUUGCAAAGCGCUUCUCGACUUUGGACCAUCUCACUCAAGGUCGCAUCGGCUGGAACAUCGUGACCUCCUGGAAGAAAGCUGCAUUCAAGGCCAUCGGUAUCGACACACCUAUCGACCACGACCAGCGCUACGAGCAAGCAGAUGAGUACCUGCGUCUGCUGUACAAACUUUGGGAAGGUUCGUGGAGCGACGAUGCCAUCAUUGCUGAUGCCGAAAACGAUGCAUACUUCGACCCCGGCAAGAUCAGGACAAUCAAGCAUCAGGGAAAGUACUUCAGCCUCGAGUCUAGACACAUCACCGAUCCAUCGCCUCAGCGCACACCAUUCUUGUUCCAAGCAGGCACAUCUCCUGCCGGUUCAUCCUUCGCAAGCAAGCAUGCCGAGGCCAUCUUCGUCUCCGGUCACAGUCCCGCGGUUCUUCGACCCAGAAUUGACGCAAUCCGAAAGCUUGCAAAAGAAGAAGGUCGUGAUCCAGCAUCAAUCAAGUUCUUUGCAACAUUCACGCCUAUUCUCGGCAAGACAGACGAAGAAGCUCAAGAGAAGCUCGUAGAACUGAAGAAGUAUGCUUCCGUCACUGGUGGACUGGUUCUCUUUUCAGGCUGGACAGGCAUCGAUAUCUCUCAGAUCCCUCUUGAUCAGGAAAUCACUGCAGCAGACUCGAAGGAGGUUCACAAAGUGACAUCUCAACUGCAUGCCUUCACGACAACAAGCAAGGAAGUUCCGAAAUGGACACCUCGUGUCGUAGCCGAGAAGGUCGGCAUCGGCGGCCUUGGACCUGUCGGUGUUGGUUCGCCAGCCACCGUCGCAGAUGAAUUGGAGCGUUGGGUUCGUGAAGCCGAUCUUGAUGGGUUCAACAUUGGCUAUGUCACCACUCCCGGUACUUUCGAGGAUGUCGUCGAGUUGUUAAUUCCUGAGCUACGUCGACGUGGCAUCUAUCCCGAGAAAGGCACAAAGGAUGGCUUGACUGCUCGAGAGAAGGUUUAUGGUGCUGGACAUGUAAGCUUGCGCGAUGACCAUGCUGGCAGCAAGUACAAGUACGAUGUCUACAAGGAAGAUGCUCCUUAUGUUGCUGAUGAGGAACAACAUGCGAUACAGCAGACUGAUAUCAGUGAACACGCAGAACAGCUUUCCAAGAAGACUGACGUUACGGUAACAGCGAAUGAGGCCGUUACAUGAGUUCUCGAAGUUAGAU